UGUGUGCAUAUACGGCUUGCAGCAUGUCCGAAAACAUAAACAACAAUCAGAAGUCGAGCCAGUCGGACCACACGAACAAUAAAAUUGCAACCCAAUCGACAUCGAUAGCAUCGUAUCCAAUCGAUUCCCCGUGCCCGUCGGUGCCCGGCUGGCUUAAUUUCGAGGCGCGCAUAUCGAAGCAGACGGUGAACAGCGUCUGCAUCGACUGGACGGUUAGCCAAAUCCCUGCUUGCGUCUACAGCAUCGAAAAAUACCACCGGCGACAUGGCUGGCAGCAGGUGCUCUGGGCGAGCUCGAGUCCCCAGACCAUAGACAAACUGGAGGAGAACUUCGGCUACCGGCUACGGAUUCGAGCGCUAGGACGUGCUCCGGAUGGCAGCCACUAUGAAACUCUAGCCGUCUCACCGGACAUCAUUGCAACCACAGAGGCAGCGCUGCCCUCCACAAGCUGUUUGUAUCGAGCCAUUCGCAAGUCGCAGCAAUUUCUGGUCAAGCGCAUGCUGCGCCGGAGACCCAGCCUGGUGGACUAUCCCGGCCCGAACGGCUAUUUUCCAUUAGCAAAUGCUAUUAUUCAGGGCGAGAUGUGCAUCAUCGAUGUCCUGCUUUCGGCUGGCUGCAGUGUUCAUCUGGGCAAUCCCCAGAACAAACGCAGCCCGCUGCAUUUGGCAUUUUAUCACGGUCAUCUGCCAUCGGCCCGUAUUUUGCUAAACAAAAAGGCGCAGCUGGAGGCGAUCGAUUGUAAUGGGAUGACGCCCGCGCAUUGCGCUGUUGAUGCCAAUCAGUUUGAAAUGGUCAAGUUUGCCCUGGAGUCUGGCGCCAAUCUGGAGGCAAGAGAUGCUUGCGACUGGACCCUUCUAAUGCGGGCAGUGGUCAUGGAUGCUGGACUGGAGCUUAUCAAGCUUUUGGUUAUACAUGGCGCCGACCUAGGGGCUCGGGAUGGCCUUGGGAAGAGCAGCUGCGAUUUGGCCAAGCUUUAUCGCCGACUGCAGGCCAGGGAUUACUUCGAUAAGGUGCACGCGUUUCGCCAGGAGCAAGCGAAGGCCGCGCAGACAGUGCAGGCUUUGACUGGCGCGCAACCACAAGCUGGCCAAAAGGAUUAAGGGCA